AUGGUCCUCCAGGCCACCCACAAAGUUAGAAUCGAUUCAGAGCACGAGCGGGCCAACAUCAUCCCAUCCUUCACGCGUGACACAUCGGAUCGGCUUUAUUUGCUCGUACGCCCUCCUUCCUAUCUUCGCAGCUUUCGAGGCCACAACCCAAGCACAUUCAUCGCAGAUUCCAAAAAGCUUCGCCACUCCUGGGCCACCGGGCCUUUGAACCGCGGCAAUGAAGUCUUUGAAGCCGCUCGAACUCGCCGCCUUCUUUUUGGUAUUAUCACUGUUCGUGGUGGAGACUGGCCUCUCGGUUGU